GACGGAGUGCGUGAGCGAGCGGGUGCCGGCCGUGGGUGUGCCGCUUCUUGGCCCCGAGGAUUAACUCGCCACCUGUCAUCCCAUUAGCUGACGGCCAAUCUCUGCACACGAGAAUUAAGAUCAGAGGGCGCGAAGAUGUGAGAAGAAGCCCACCUGCGUCCAUCUCACGCACCAACACACUUCACAGACAACAUAGAGUCGCCGAAGUUCCCGAGAAGACGUUGAAACCCGAAGUCCGAUGGUUCCGCUCGGCCUCACCGCGGGACUUCUGGUGCUGCUUCUUUUUGUUCUCGUCCUACUGGGCCUGGUGAUGUUCUUUCUGUGGAGGACCAAGAAGAGACGCGAUCGCAGACAAUACCAGGAGCUGGUCGCCGCUCCGCCUCACAUCCCGCCGUGCGCCGCUCCGGUCAUCCCGGUUUUGCGAGGCUGCUACGCCAAGGCCGGCGAGAUCCCGUUCACGUUGCCGCCUCGCUUUGCGGCAUCUCAGAGCGACGGAGAGGAGGGCGAGGAGAAGGCGGAGGGGAUGAAGACGGAGGCUCACAGGGACAUUCUGGCCCAUCGGGGGUCUCUCUUCGUUCAGAGUUGGUACCCAGUUGGGACGGUCCUGGCCGGCCUGUAUUCGGGGCCGGGGGCGGGCGAGGUGGUGGCGCCCCCGCCCGGCAUGGCCACGCGCCUCUGCUUCUCGGUGGAGUACCGUCACGGCAGCGAGCAGCUGGCCGUCUCCUUACUGCGCCUGGGCAACCUGCCGCCUCGUUUCCACGGCAACAUCACUUUGGUGCAGCUCCGCCUGCUGCCCGACGACCGGCGCCCGCGCCAGGCCAGGGCCAGGAGCACCGGGCCCGACCCGGAGUUCGACGACUGCGUCCUGUUCCAGGUGUCCGGAGUCCAUGUGUCACAGAGCACGCUCAGCGUGUGCGUCCUGAGCGUGUCACAUGACUGCAAACAUCACGCAGUGGGCCGGGUACUCUUUCCCCUGCAAGGAGAGCUGGGACAGGCUGGCAGGGUGCUCUGGAGGGACCUGGACACUGAAAACCACCAUCAUUGCUCAGAACUGGGUGAUGUCCUGGUGUCUCUGUGCUACAGCCCGACCGCACAGCGCCUCUCGGUGGAGGUCCCGAACGCUCGAGGGCUGCAGCCUCUCACGGCCACGGGUGUGUGCGUGCGGGCGACCUUGCAAAUCCACACUCAGGCGGUGAAGAUGAAGAGCAGCGGCGUCGUGAGCGCGGACGGCGACCCGGCUUUCGAGCUCAAGACGAGCUUUAAACUGCGAGAGGAGCACGUGGACGAGGCCUGCCUCCGACUGGAGGUGCGGCGGCAGAGUUACCUCGAUCCCUCAGAAGCUUCAGUCCCGGUGGGAAUUGUGGUGUUGGGGCCGUUCAUGUACGCCAGGGGCGUGCAGUUGCAGCAUUGGAUGGACACUGUCAACACGCCACACCAGGUGGUCAAAAUGUGGCACGGACUCAGCACGGCAGCUUAAAGCAUGAUCAACCAUGUACGCAGUGUGUAUCUGCAAUAUAUGACAUGGACAGAAAUAAAUGAUAUU